CUUGUUUCAAAUAUCUUUAGUGUUUGGAGGCUCAGAUGAAAUCACGGAAGCUUCAGCUUUUUUACCCCUGCUGGGAAUCAAACAGCAUGCCCUAGUCCACCAUGCUAUCCUGGGACGGGGAGGGUAGGCCAUGCGGCUAUCUAGAGUAUGAAGAGAAGGAAAACAGCGGGCACUUUGUUGAGAUUUUUGUCCGUCUAGAGAAGGACAAAAAAUUGGCUUAUUACACAGAGGAUCCUAAGAAAUCACACAUUAAUCCACUGGGUGUGAUACCAACUCAGUAUAUAUCCCAGGUAAAUGAUGUUAGCAAGCAAAGACCCAAGUUUCCAUACUGCUUUGCUGUAACAGUAGCAGGGAAAAGACAUUUUUUCAAAUCACAGAGCAAAGAGGAAGAAGAAGAAUGGAUAAAGCUGUUAACAGAUGCAUCAAAGAUAACAGUGCCAAAAUCUGCAACAUUCGAUGAAGCUAGAGGAAGAAGCUUUAGUGAUUCUCAAGCUUAUAAGACUGAGAUAGUUGGUGGAGCCAUUCAAAAGACAGUCAUGAGUGAAGAUGACUUAAGCAGCACAAGUUCAGAUGAGGAUGACAAAAAUUUUCAUCAAAAGGAGUCCAUCCACCAAGGAUACUGUGUUAAACAAGGGGGUGUGGUGAAAAAUUGGAAAAGAAGAUUUUUUGUAUUGGAUGAAGACAGAAUUUCAUAUUAUAAAAAUGAGAAAUGGCAGGGGAAAAGACCAAUCAAAUCUAUAGAUAUCCUUAAUGUUAAGGAAGCUAAGCAGACUGAGAGAUACAAAGACAGAGACAACUUGUUUGAACUGGUGACCCGCAAUAGAACUUUUUAUGUACAAUGUGAUACCUGUGAAGAUAUGUAUUCAUGGAUUGCUAUCAUCAACAAAACAGUUUCUUCAAAACAUCAAAAAAAGUCACGUUCCUCAUCACAAUGACUUUUGAUAUCCCAAUUUGAAAAUGCACAAGAGAGAUGUUCGUUAACCGAAAGCACACAGAGUGUUUGGCUAUAGAAAUAAUGCCAGUGUAACUUAACCUAUAUGUCUGCAGAAUGAAAUAGUACAGUUAUAUGCAAGAAACAUAUAAAAACAGACAUUUAAAAGAGAUUCUUCUUGCUGCAAAAUAAUAAAAGGAUUCUCACAGUUGAAGAGGAAAUCUAAAAGGUUUGAUGAAGUUUGAAUUUUGGUAAGUUAUUCAGAAACGUUUUAUCUACCAUGCCCACAUUUUGUAUGUGUUUGUGCAUGGUCAGUUUUAUUGAAAAUUUCUGGCGUUUUUAUUUUUAACUUAGAAACAGUUUUUUGUGCAUAAGGAAACUUUUGGAAUUGUAAUUUAUAAUAACAUUCAAGUAUAUAUAUUAUAAGAACUGAUAAUAUCUACUAUGCAAUAUACUUCCUUUUUAUGAUAGAUGUGAUGUCAUUUCUUUGGCUUGUUUUUAAUUGUGUCAUGAACACAUUAAUAUAAAAGAUUGCUUAUUGAUUUUAUUGUAUUAAUUGUUAAAUUGAAGAAUGUUAUAUAGCAUCUCUGCACAUGAAUUUUUUUAACUUUUAUUUUACAUUUUUCUAACAUUUGAUAAUGGCAGCAUUGAGUCAGGAACUAUGCAGUAAUGAAUUGAUGGUACACUUGACUUUAAACAUGUUUGUGAAGUAGAAGUAAAUUUUGGAGAGUGCCAGAUUUAAUCUGGUUUUUCACUACUGCCUCAUUUAUGUCCUUUCUUAGUAACAAGAUUAUUACCCUGAAUCUAAGUGCUGGAAGUGAAAUUUAAAAAAAAAUCUAUCUGUUCAAUAGAAAAUAGCAGUGAAAUGGCAUUUCCGUAAAUGAUAAUGGGCUGGUAGAUCAACUUGUUGAUGGUUGUUAAAACUGGAAAAUUGGUGAAGACCUCGAAAAAUCUGUUGAAAAACUUUAUUUUGUCUCUUAUCUCAAGAACUGGCCCUUAAAGCCAAAAAAUUGGAAAUAUAAACUGAAAUAUCUCAAUGCAAUAUACAAGGAAACCCUGUAGUUAGUUUUGUUUUUAGUAUUAUACAAGUGGGUGUAAAUAUAAUUGCACAGCUCUGAUCAGCUAGCAGUGAUUUUUAGUAAUUGUCUCUUAGAUGUGUAUUUCUCAUGAAACCUUUUGCACAAUGAAUUUGACACUUUGUAUGAAUAGGCUGAGCCAGUAGACGUGGUUCAGUGAUGUAAGGUGCUUCAAAUAUUAGCAUAUUGAAAACUAAAGACUUAGGACGCCAUAAUAUAAGUUCUCUACAACACAUGUAUGUAAUUUAUUAACAACAGCUAAAGUUGAACUUAGCAAUACAUCUUUAGAAUAAGUAUUUUAGAUAGAAUUUUAGAUGUAUUGAUACAAAUUUUGAUCUCAAUUUUAUCAUUGUAAAUGAAGCUUUUCUUCCCAUGAAAAUAUAUUCAUUGUAGAAAAUU